AUGCCAACCCGCGGCCCCGUCCCUGUCUCUCUAGUCCCCUCCUCCCAAGCAGAAACCCUCAAAGUCGGCCCCCUGACUGUUAGAGUUUUUGAAGACGGGUCAAACACCCAGAACAGAGUCUCAGCCGUGACCAUCACCCUCCCCCCGGGAACGUCAGGGCCGCCAAUGCACUGGCAUCGGUUUCACGACGAGCUCUUCUUCGUCACCAAGGGCACAGUCGUCUUUUCUACCCCGGAAGGGGACGUCGUCGCCAAAACGGGCGACUGCAUGACUGUGCCCCCGGGUGCGAUCCACACGUUCAGGAAUGGGAGUGAGAGCGAGGAAGGGGAGUGCUACAUGACGGCUACGCCGGGGCAUUAUGUUGAUUAUUUCAGAAUGUUGUCCAAGGCUACUGCUGGGUUGGUGGGGGGGAAGUUGGGCAAGGAGGAGACGGAGCAUUUGAUGGCACUGUUUGGAACUUUCCCGCCUGAUGUUAAGAGUGAGCCUUGAUUUGGGGAAUGAACAGAGGCAGUGAUCAUGAUUUGUAUGUGAGCAGGGAAGGUAUGUAAGGUUAGGUAGGUAUAUAACUUUGGCUGGUUGGUGUGAUAGAUGAUGAAUUCACAGCUUUAUGAUAGCAGCAUGGUCAAAAAUGAUCUUUUAUUUUAUUUUUAACUCUGACUUGUACAAUACGGGGUAUCAU